AUGGCCCAACUUCUAAAUGCUAUUUGCUAUGAUGGGACAUGGUAUCACAUAAGUUUGGCUGAAAUUGAAUUCAAUAGAGAUGAUAGAGCUAUAACAAAGUGCUUUAUAGUUCGAGGUGCAUAUAGUUUGUUAGUCUCUCAGGUACCUCAGGCCGUAGACUAUGUUUUGGAUUUGGUGUGGCACAAACAGGUUUCUUUGAAGGUUUCCGUUUUUGCGUGGAGGCUCCUUCGUGACCGUUUACCGACAAGGUUAAAUUUGAUUUCUAGACGGGUGCUAUCGCCUGACAUGUCUUCGUGUGUUGCUGGGUGUGGUCAUCCUGAAUCGGCCCAACACCUUUUCUUAUCGUGUGAUACCUUUGGUUCGAUGUGGCAUUUGGUGCGAGAUUGGAUUGGUUGCUAUGGGGUGGACACAGAUAAUAUUUCCGAUCAUUUUUUACAGUUCACUCUUUUGGCUGGUGGUGGUGCUGCUAGACGUUCUUUUAUGCAACUUAUAUGGCUUCUAUGUGUCUGGGUUGUUUGGAAUGAACGUAAUAAUCGUCUGUUUAAUCAUGUGGUUACCCCCAUCCCUUGUUUACUUGAUAAGGUUAAGUUGAUGUCUUUAGGUUGGCUAAAAGCUAAAAAAGCUACCUUUGUUUUUGACACUCAGCAGUGGUGGUCAAGCCCUCUUGUUUGUUUGGGUAUUGGCUAA